GGCGGGGCCGGUAGCGGCGGGAGCUGCACUGGCCAGGGGUUCCGGCUGCAUUUCCAUGAGCGCCGCCGGCAGACGCGGAGCUGUGGGAACCGGGCUCGGGGCGAGCCGGGCCGCGGCAGUCAACCACGCGCAGUAGGGGCUCAUUAUGUUCGACAAAGGAGCAUCUGGCGUGGGCCAGGAGAACAGCUGUCCGGUUGAACAGAACCUGACCAUCCGAUCUUUUCAGCUUUUGGGUUAACUUGAAUAAGAGAUCUGAGCGGCCCCACGGGACAAGUCUUCAACGAGAGUUUAUAUUCUCAGUAGAGAGGCACGAGGGACAUAGAUCAAGAUGAACGCCAUGCUAGAGACGCCCGAGCUCCCAGCCGUGUUCGACGGGGUGAAGCUGGCUGCUGUGGCCGCCGUGCUGUACGUGAUCGUCCGGUGUUUGAAUCUGAAGAGCCCCACAGCCCCGCCCGACCUCUACUUCCAGGACUCGGGGCUCUCGCGCUUUCUGCUCAAGUCCUGUCCUCUUCUGACCAAAGAAUACAUUCCACCGUUGAUCUGGGGGAAAAGUGGACACAUCCAAACAGCCUUGUAUGGGAAGAUGGGAAGGGUGAGGUCGCCACACCCCUAUGGGCACCGCAAGUUCAUCACCAUGUCCGAUGGAGCCACUUCGACCUUCGACCUCUUUGAGCCCUUGGCCGAGCACUGCGUUGGAGAUGACAUCACCAUGGUCAUCUGCCCUGGAAUUGCCAAUCACAGUGAGAAGCAGUACAUCCGCACCUUUGUCGACUACGCCCAGAAAAAUGGCUACCGGUGCGCCGUGCUCAACCACCUUGGCGCCUUGCCCAACAUCGAGCUGACCUCACCGCGCAUGUUCACCUACGGCUGCACCUGGGAAUUCGGAGCCAUGGUCAACUACAUCAAGAAGACCUAUCCGCAGACCCAGCUGGUCGUCGUGGGCUUUAGCCUGGGCGGGAACAUCGUGUGCAAAUACCUGGGAGAGACCCAGGCAAACCAAGAGAAGGUCCUAUGCUGCGUCAGCGUGUGCCAGGGCUACAGCGCUCUGAGGCUUGAGGGCGAUGAGCCUUUUCAGCACUGGGACGAUGACAGCCAUGUUUCCUCUACGACGAGGUGGAGCAGGGAGGGCUCUCUGCCUCCGCAGGGGCCGCACGGGACUCUAUGCUGCUGGGCCCAGGAGACCUUCAUGCAGUGGGACCAGUGCCGCCGCUUCUACAACUUCCUCAUGGCCGACAACAUGAAGAAGAUCAUCCUCUCGCACAGGCAAGCUCUCUUCGGAGACCACGUUAAGAAACCCCAGAGCCUGGAGGACACAGACUUGAGCCGUCUGUACACAGCCACAUCUCUGAUGCAGAUCGAUGACAACGUGAUGAGGAAGUUCCACGGCUACAGCUCCCUGAAGGAGUAUUACGAGGAGGAGAGCUGCAUGCGGUACCUGCACAGGAUUUAUGUGCCUCUCAUGCUGGUCAACGCAGCUGAUGACCCUUUGGUGCACGAAAGCCUCCUGACCAUUCCAAAAUCUCUCUCGGAGAAACGGGAGAACGUCAUGUUUGUACUGCCUCUGCACGGGGGCCACCUGGGCUUCUUUGAGGGUUCCGUGCUGUUCCCCGAGCCCCUGACGUGGAUGGAUAAGCUGGUGGUGGAGUACGCCAAUGCCAUCUGCCAGUGGGAGCGGAACAAGUCACAGUGCUCAGACACGGAGCAGGUGGAGGCCGACCUGGAGUGAGGCCUCCCGGACUCCGGCGCGCUCCUGGCACCCGCGUCCGUCACCGGCUGUGUCAGGUCCCCUCCGCGUCUCCCUCAGGGACCCGGAUCCGACCUCACACCAUCGGCAGGGACCACCCACCAGGCGCACCCGCGCUGGAGCAGGCGGCCGGUCCCUGGGAGCACCGGGCUAUUUUUGUGCUUAGUUACUGGUUUUCUCCACCGCACUGUUCUCCUCGGCGACUGGCGGCAGGAUUCUCGCCCUCCUGCCCAGUCUCGGCGUUGGAUUGCUUUUAAGCCAAUUCCAUCUAGUUUCCCUAUUAAAAAUGUGUCUGAAGAGCAGUUUUGCGUUGCCGAUCGAAAGGCCUGUCCCCGAGAGCAGUGAAGGGUGUGUGCUAUUUUGCGGUGAUCGUAUGUGUCCUUACGUAGACCCUCAAAAGCGCUCGCCGACCUAAGCCAACGCUGACCGUGCAGGUCGGCAUGGGAGCCCAAGGGCCCGGGCCUCCCGCACUGCAGGCCGGCCUCCCACACGGCCCAGAAAGUCCCCUGGAGUCUCCCUCACAAUCUUCUAGGACAGUCUCCCCACACUUUUGCCGAUGAUGAGAGUUACCGGGGGCACUUGUUAAAAAUUCAGCCUCCCAGGUCCCUCCCCUGGGAGAGGCUGCUCUGGGGGGUCUGGGGAGGGGUCUGGAGAUUUUAAUUCUUGACAGGUGCCCCCAGUGAUCCUCACGACCUGACGAAUUUGGGAAACACUGUUCUGCAGGGCCUUGAAAUUAGAAACAUCUCAGUAGCUCAUUUUAUGGAAAUAUAUAGGUAGACACGUCUCUUAGCUCCUAGGGGCCUCCAAAGCAUCAGUCAAGGCCUGUGUGAUCACAGCCUGAUGGCUCAGGAGGGGGCCUGGUGGGGAGUAAGGUUUGGGCUACACCAAACUCUGCUUUUUCUGGCUACAUGGCCCUGGAAGAGUCCCUUGAACUUGAGUUUCUUCACCUGUAAAACAGGGAACUUGGACCAGGUGGAUUGCCAAGGUCAUUGCCACUUCUAAAGUGCAUGACAAACUCAGCUCACUGAGGCCUGAGAAAGCGUCCCUCCGGGGAGGUCUCCCAUAAAUGUCUUCAUCUGCCUUUUUUUUUUCUGUCGCUCAUUUUCAUAUAAAGAGGUGUUUUGGUUUUUUUUAAACAUUCUAUUAUAAUUUUACUUUUUUAACCCAAGUCUUUCUAGUCCUGGCUUUUGAUACCAAACAAUUCAAAAGCUGGAUCUGAGUUUGGAGAAAGAGCUUUCCAACCAAAAGGGGGUAUUGUUUUGAAAGCAGAUUUUUAAUUUAAUAGCCUAUAUUUAUGGUCUGUUGGAUAGAUCUUUCCAAAGUGUGUCUUUUCAAAUGAAAAUGUUACUCGAGGUUUCAAGUACUCCUUUCCUCUAGUCCUGUGGUACUUGAAUAUCUAAAAACCCUGCACUUUGAAAAAUCGGCAGUUGCUAUCUGGAACUAAAUGGAACUGACAGUGAAAUUGUCUGGAUGCUGUUUUAUUUUGUUUUGUUUUGUUUUGUUUUACUGUCCCUGCUUCGUCUCCCUUGCUCCCGGAGAGAGAGGAUUGUAAAUAGUGGGUCAGUGUGAAUGUUUCAGGGGCAAAGGGAGCCACCUGAGGGCCUAAAUGUGCCCCUCAGGGUUGCAGGUGGAUGUUUUAUGGGCGUCAGUCCAAGGGGCUGUGACAGUCACAUCUGUAACCUGAAGUUGUUUUCUGACAAUCACCGGAUCAUCCUCAUCAAUAACAUCAAAAGCAGCCUCUGUCUCAAAAGGUGGAGGUUUCCGUGGUCUCCACAUUGCGUUGUUGUGAUUUCUCACACAUACCAGAUUCACCGUUGUGACUCCCCCCGCCACUGUUAUUUUUCUAGUGCAUUUCCUGUUCGUGUUCUUUUAGCACAGAUUGGCACUUUAUCGUCUACCCCCUCAAUUUGGAAGCUGGCCCCUUCCCUCUGUCGCUUCCCCCCCACCCAAUAACAGAGCUGUAACCUAGAAGAUUCCCUGUUUCCCACUACUUCCUUUUUUUCUCAAGCAAGACCUUGUGUGAAUUAGGUAAACGAAGCAAUAACUAAGUGGGGCUGAACCACCAUCCCAGGAAGCAAAACGUACCUUUGCCUUAGGUCACGUCUCUUGACCCGCACUGACAAAGCAGUGGCCAGGUGCCAGCUCCAUUCAGGAAGAGAAAAGACACCAGUCCGGGAGGGGACCCAGAAGUCCCUGGGGCCCCCUGGAGUUGAGGCAGAGGUUGGGCCCUGGCCUUGGUCGCCACACGGCCGGAAUUUACCCCAGAGGACCGUGGGGGCCGUGCCCCAGCUGAAGCCUCUCUGUGUGUGUGACUCUGAAUGGCAGUCACAUUCCAUUUUGGCUCACAUGAGAUCAACUGAAGCCCUUUGUUCCGGCUUCAGGCUCUCGGGCCUGGAAACGAGAAUGUGACCGUGGCAGUCUUACAGGAAAAUUCUUGUUUGCCCCUGAAUGAGAGCACAGAGGCAUUGAAUUUACAGAGAUGCAAACCUGCCUAAUAGACAAGAGAGCAGCGUUUUAUAUGUAGGUCAGCCUUUUCCUUCCUCCAGCUUUCUUUUUGCUUGUCUUCCUGAAGUCAUUCAUUGCUGAUGAUAAUGAGGGUGCUCUCCUGGCUGUGGGGGUCCUGUGUGGCUUCAAACAAGGCCAAAUGUCCAAAUAGCAUUUGAAUACUGUAUCUGAAAAUCAGAAUAAAGAUAGGAGCAUAGACCUAGGCCGUCCUAUUGCAGGGACGACACCUGAAACACCAUGGAGGAGAAGCACCCGCGUUUCCGCUGUCCUCUGGGCCUCUUAAAGGGUUAGAGGACAGCCCGGGAGCAACGGAUCCCAGACAGAUUAAGGUUAUCUGGAAAACGGUGUCAUGUCCCUGUGCUACAUCGUGUGACAAGGGGGUAGUUCAGGGAAAGCUCUCUGCCGUGAGUUUGUACCCGUGAUCCCAGAGCGAGAGGAAGCAGGAAGUGUUCUGUUGUCCCCGUGUCUGCACCUCUCUGACGCUUGCAGGGGACCCUGUGACACACCGUAACUGGUGAAAUAGGCCGUAAAGAGGAGCAUUCCCUUUCUUGACCUGGUGGUAGGGGACCAGGGUCCAAGAGACCCAGGUUCCUGUCCUGAUGGUCUCUAAUUCACGCUAGAUUGCGGGCAGCCGCCUCUCCUCUCUGAGCCCUGCUCCCUCACCUUAGACUGUCUCUAGGACCGUGCACCUGUGUACGCGCCAUCUGCCUGAGGACCCGCCGCUGCAGUGGCUGCGUCCAGGCUCAGCAUGGGGGGUCGCGGACCCAGGGGGGCCUUCGGCGGUAAGCCUUUGCUGCUGAAGACCUUGAUGUUGCCCCAAGCCCUGUGUUUUAUAUUGGCUUCGCCAUAGACUCUCCACAGACCUCUCCAUAAUCCUUGCUGUCCCAAGGGUGGUCUUGUGACCAGGACAGGUGCUGACCAUUGGCGCAUGUCCCCGACCCUCUGUGCAACUUGGGCAGAGCAUUGAGAUUCAUAGUCCUGUUUCCCAGGGUAGAAACCCUUCCCACCCAGGCUUGCAUUCUGAAACUGCGGGCUUCCUUAGCGCUGCGCUUUCUGGGUAGCCGGGCCUGUAUGCCUGGCAUCUGAAUGAGAGCUCUCUUUGUCACUGUGUGAGUUGGGGGUCCCUUUCGCCAGCUCCAGGGGAACAAUGCAUGUGUUCUUGUUGCUGUGUGCCAGGCAGGCAGAUGUCUGAGAUGUGAGAGGCUUUUCUUUGCCCAUGGCAUCGAUUCGUAGCACUCAUGGAAAGACCCGCAAAACGUCCUGUGGAGUCCAGAGAACUCGGGGCUCUGUCCUCCAGGCAGGACCGGAGAGUUAUUAAGACGUAUUUCACCACGGCCCCACGCCAUCGCCCGGGAUUGCUCUCUGUGCCCGGAAGGCCCUACUUUGCCUGGGCGAGUAUCCCCCGCUAGUCCAACAACAGGGCGGCACUGGGAUUUUAAAUCUCCUGCCGUGGAAGUUUGAGGCGAAGCCACGGCAAAACCGGAGAAUCCCUCCGUGUGGCCUGCGCGCUCCUUGUUAGGUCAGUCCCCCAACCCCCCCCCCCCCCCCCCCGACAGCACGCGUGGUUCGCGACGGGGCCGGAGCCUCGGCCGCUGAUGCCUCUCUCCCUUCCCGGCCUCACUCUGUCAUUCAGACCCACUCGGGACUGCUUGGAUGCUUCGCGAAGCCAUGAAAAGUGGCCUGUCUGUGGCGUUUAGAGGCCCAGCCAUUGAGGAAAAGGGUUUCUUCUCCCUCCGUUAUCUAAGCAGAAGGAAGGACCCCCUUCUUCAUAAAUUGGGAUUGCUUUUGCCAAAUUGCAUUGGAGGCUGAGGGGAGGGGCCCCGGCCCCUGCUGGCAGUGGGACCUGGACCGCUCUCCGAAACUUAAGCGGCUUCCUUGGGCCAGCCUCUCUGUCACCCCCGGAUGCUGUGGCCUGGGCGUCCUCCCCAGUGGCCCCUUGAAACAGGCUGCAGAGCCCAGCUCCCUGGCCAUUCCCAGCUCCCGGGCAGUGGACCACUGCCCCUUCUGGGAGAGUCACCCCCCUCCCCAGCCCACCCCGAACGGCUUUUCCCGGCACGUAUGUGGGGAAAGCGGCUGCAUGUGUCCAGGAACAAGCGGGAGUCCAUUUCUAACCAGCGGGUUGACUUUUACCUUGACUCCGGCCAAUUAGUAAUGAAAGCUAUAACCUACCUUCUCCCCCUUCCAGUCCCCACUAGCCAACAAAUCUCUUGCCAUAAGUUGGGGACUGUCCCCGUACCACAGAAAUACCCUUCAUCUCAGUGGGCAUCCUCCUUCUAGAACACUCCCGCUGAGGAGCCCAGUCACUGAGGGGACUACUUGCCGCCCCCACCCCCCGUCCCCGCGCCAGCCUCUUCUCUCCCAGACUGUUCCCAGGGACUUGGUCCCUCGCGGGCGUAGGACUUUGGUUUUGUCUGGCUUUUGUUUUGGCCUCUUCAGUUUUCCUAAAGCACAAGUCCGUGUAGAAUCCUGUCACCUCUCCACGCCAGUUCCAGGCGAUCUGGGUCUCCCCCCACUGCCUCAGGAAGACCUCCACUGUACCUGAGCUUCUGACUUCGGCCACUGCCGCUGCCUUAGCAACACCAGGGGCGGGGGGAGGGGGGCCGGGGCCAUCUCUCCUUUUUCCGGUUGGACUCGGUCAACCGUGUUCUUCUGUUGGCAGAUCUGCUUCCGGACUGAUUUUUGAGAAGCAUCACUUUCACAUUCCUGAUUUGUGUCUGUUUCGUUCUUAUUUCGUUUCGUUUGAUUUUCUGAAACAUAAAGUGCUGCCCUGAAAAUCAUGUGUUUUUGAGUUUGUGUUCUGACCGCCUCCGUGCUGCUGGAUUUUGGGAGGGGGGUGGGAAAUACAGGAUCUUCCAGCACAGAGGUGUUUAAGAUUUGCAACUAGCAAUGCAAUUUUUUCUAAAUAUGAGGAUAUUUACCUUUAUUAAGAAAUUAUACUAAACAAUGGUGUCCUUGAUUAUUUUAUGUUCUCAUAUUCCUUUGGGCUCUAUUUUGAUUCUGUGUGGUGGUAAACGAAGAUCAUUACAAACAAAAACUGUAAUUUUGUUAUCUUUGAUUCAAUGGAAUUUCUUUACUUAAAAAAAUAAAAGGCUAAAAAUGUA